UCCGCUCAGGUCAGCCCUGCUGAUGUCCAUGCCCUCCUCCUGUAUCCUACAUGCACAGCACUCACUGGGAAAGGCUGGACAUGCAAAGUGAGUGGACAUUUCGCAUAUUUGGCUUCGUAGCAAUUCAGAAAUGCUGAGAUUUACACAAGGAUUUGACCCAAAUAUGUGAUUGAGGCUAACUGGGCUACCGUUUUAUCUCCGUUAUUGUAGGGAGGAUGUGCAGGAAAAACGGUUAACACCUUAACUUUAAAAUGCGUCUUCGAGUGAUAACCAACCAUUUUAAAUUGGCACAACCUGCUAAUAGCGUCCAGCAGCUGCCCCUCGAUGUCCAGAGACGCCUCCUAUUGUAAUUCAAAUGUAGUAAGCCCUGUCCCCUCCAGCUGUCCCUGGGUGCACAACAAAGAUGCUGCUCACUUCAAUAGAGAGCGCACUUGGUAUUAACAUUUCCUAACUGUGAAAUUAAAGAGUGCAUAUUUGGGUGGCGGACCUGAUUUAAUUGAAAUAUAUAAGAAACUGUGAAGCAGAGCACCAUGCAGAGUCCAGGGCAGACUCACAGUGAAUCAGUCACCACAUCAGCUGCAGAGCAUCUGCUGGAACCAGAGCCUCAUCCAGGGGAAAGAGACCCAGAGCCACGAGAGGAAAACAAGUCAUCUGGCCCUGCUGAUACUGAAACCCCAAAUACGCCAGAGAAAAGUCAACCAGGAUUGCAAACGGCAGGGUCUACUGCAGGCAUGGCCAUCACACAAGCUGUGGAGAUCAAGUCUGGUGUGAAGUCACAGACCAAGUCCUGGGAAAACACUGCAACGGUGGGCAAGGACUCUGCUGCAAAGCCAAGUGCCCCGGCUGAAGCAGCUAACAACGUUGGUGCAAACUCUGGCUGUGAUGGGAAAAAGGCAAAGAAACAGGGCAAAGGUGUGGGCGAAGGGAGGAGAUAUGUUCUUUCCAAGAAAGCCAUGGUGGAUCCUCUGAAGAUGGAUAUGUCUAAACCACUUGUUAUGCCUCUUACAUCAUCUGAGCUCUCCCUGCAGUGCAUCGAGUGUCACAUAAUCUUCAGUGAUUCCAAGAGCAAAGAGCGUCACCUGAAGCUGAGCCACCCAGCAGAAUAUGAACAGUGCAUUCUGAGGAAUGCCCUGUUUGCCUGCUACGUUUGUGACCGUCACUUCACAAACUCUACAGAGCUCAUGGUGCACCAGAAGGCCCACACCGAGAAGACACCCUUCAAGUGUCCAAUCUGCAGCAUGGCCUUCAAGAAGUCCUCAGAGCUCACCGCUCAUAAAAAAAUCCAUUUCGGCCAGGAUGGGUAUGCCUGCGUUGAGUGUGGGAAACCUUGCAAAACUCUGACAUUGCUAAAGUAUCACCAGCGUACGCACACAGGAGAGAGGCCGUACGUUUGCAGAGAGUGUGGAAAGAGGUUCACCAUGUCCAAAGCUCUGCAAAAACAUUUGAUGUCACACUUGCCAGAGGGAGCAGAAGGUGAAGGGGGAGACGCCACAGAAAAAACCAAACGGAAGAAAAAUAAUGGUGCUUCUACAGUCAAGUAUCCUUGUACUCUAUGCAAGGCCACUUUCAAGAGUUGCAAGACGCGGUUGCGUCACCUGAAAAACAAGCACAACGUGGUUCCUGCUGCAGCCGGUAAUGCCCACCUAGCUGGGCUGCAGGGGAAACAAAGCGGACCCAUUAUAACGCCAAUAUCCAUUUCUCAAACAUCACUUCUACAAGUGGAGCCCAAUGGACCUCUGCAAAAGGUUGAUGCUGAUAUUGACACAGAGCAGAUUCGCAGACUUAUUGAAUCGCUGGGAAAUGUGCAGAAAGUGAACCAGGUUGUCAUAUUGGGGCAGGUGCCGCAUGACGCCCCGCCCUUGGAAGUACAGCAGGUAUCGCAUCCAGCAGUGCCCAUGAAUGUGAAUCUUGGUCCUCCACAGAUAGAUUUUAUAGGACUGAAAGAUGCACAAUUUAAGACAAAUGAACUGGACCCUCAUGGUAAUCCAUGUGAUCCAAUGGAGCAAACAAUUAUACUAGAACCUAUUACUCCAGAUGGACAGCUAGAAAACCCGUCUUUCUCAGAGCUAGGAUCCUAUGUUACAGUAGAUGGGAAUAUAGAACUGACACUUGUUGCAGCAGGACCGACGGAUCCACCAGAGGGAGAGGUGGCACAUACGAUCCUUCAGCAGCCUGAGAUCGGAGCAAUUCACUACGAUACAGUGAUUUCUCAGAAUGACACUGAUAAUCUCAACCAAGAUCUCGAGCAAACAGUCAUAUUAGAACUCACACCGGCUUUGACACUAACAGCAGAGCUGGAACAAUCCCAGACUGAGCCACAGAGUGAAAUCCCUUCCUCUUCUCUUUUAUUGAACACUAACCAAGAGAUUCCUGAACAGAAUGCAGAUCAGACUGUAACAGAUGAGCAAGAGACCGACCUUUUAGUACCACCUCUUACCCCUACAGUCACGUUGGAGCUAACAUCUAUAAUACCAGAGCAACCAGAUCUUUCCUCUUGUCCCUUGGCUCCCCCAGAGACAAUCACACAAGCUCCAGGUGAAUCUGAAACCAAUUCCAAGGAAGAUGAGUCAGAUAUGAAAACAGUAGGUCUAGAGCAGGGGCAUGACAUAAAUGAAAAGACACAGGAACAGGCUGAAAAAGAAGUGUCUGAGAAAUUGCUGAUAGAGGAUGAGAAUCCCACGCCUGAAGUGGCUGAGCAAUCUGCUAAAGGAGAUGCUGCGUCACAAAUAAAGACUCAGGAGGGGCCAGAGAGCACAGACUUACCUGUAAAUGUCAUGUCGGCUCAAGAGCUGGUCAAAGUACGCAAAAGAAAACCAGCCAGGACGUUUAUUUUUCAAGGUUAUAUGCAAGAUCUGGUUGGAUCCAUAUACAAUGAUGACUUAUACUUUGAUGCCAAACCUGCUAAACGCCAAAGAGCAAAAAAAUCUCACCUCGUUGUUAAAUUUGACCCACAAAGCAAAGACAAGAAACAGAAGAAGACACCACAGCAGCGUCAGCCAGUAGAGGAAGAUUUGAUGACAAGUAAAACCCCGGCAAAAAAACUCUCUGGGAAAAAAGCCCUGUCAAAGACGAAGGGAGGGAAAGGGAAAAAGGACAAGACAGUAGGAGAAAUGUCACCAGGAACUGACAUAACGGAUCCUUCAACACAGACUUCACAAGGGAAACAAAUGAAAGAAGAUGCAAGUAAAAAUAAAAUGAAAAAGCAGAAAGUAUCCAAGCAAAAUGUAUCACGUCUAAGUGAACACAAAGCCGGAACCUCGCCGAUGUUUAAAAGGAAAAAACAAGCGAAAAUAUUACGGAAAAAUCAGCCCAAGACAGCAAAGGAUGGGAAGGCAAAGAAAAACUUAGCGGACAAGGAAAAAGUAAAAAACGCAGAUGUUCCUGGCUCAAACGUAACAGAAGACCCUCUUCUUCUACUUAAAGGUCAUAAACAGCCCCAGCUGAAAGUUUACAAGUUAGACCCUACAAAAGCCUCAUCUCAGACACCUGAGGUUUCAUCUGAGUCCCAAACCGCAUCUGGUCAGGGUACAAGUGAGUCCACAGAUGACGUGCCAGCCAGAGGGAAGAAAAAGGGAGGAAGAGCUAAGAAGAGCCAGAAAGCUCUUUCCCUGUUGUCCUCUUUGCAGGUUUCUCGUCCACCACCUGAGACCCAGCCCACUAAGCCAAAGACCACCAGGAAACGUAAAGCCUCUUCCAAAGUAGAGACGGAAGGAGUUAUAACUUCCAAGCGAUCUUUAGCGUGCAAGGACUGUGGGGAAAAAUUUACUGAUGUCUCAUCCCUUCAGAAGCACAAGACGGACGAACAUAUCAUAGAGAGUCCUAGUCUCACCUACACCAAUGGGAAUAUCUUUGAGGGCGUAUCCAGGUUAGAGUUUUACGAGCUUCCAAAAGAGCAUCAUAAGGUUGUUGGGGGGAAGAACGCGGCCACAGGCUGGGAUACCGAGCCUGAGAUGGGAGAGACGACAUCAGAAGAGAGGGAGCAAAGCGUCUCUUUUCCAGCUUUGAUUCCAUCUCCAUCUUUACCAGUUCCUCCAGAUGUUGAAUUGAUUGCCUACGAGAAUAAAGGUGGAAGUAAAACAUCGGAAGAUGAUCAGUCUCGUAGCUCUUCAGAAGUUCCUCCAACAUCCGAUGAACUGAAAAGUAGUGAGAAUCAACCGCAUUUCUCAGCUGAAUCUUCCUUUCUUUCCCCUGAUCAGUCUAACAUCGCUGAGACUCAGGAGGACAAGAGAGAGGAGAAGUCCAAAAAGAAUCACAGCUCUGAACCCGAAGUCCAGAGCGCCACAGAUGAAGACGUUAAAGAGGGUUUAAUUCUAGAAGUAGAUUUAGUUACUGUUGGGGAGCAGAAUGAAAGACAAGAUACGGUCUUGCCUAGAGACGCGGUCCCCCAAAAUGAAUCAAACGGAGGCGGUAGUUCUGAGAGACGAACAGGAGACGAGCAACCUGAGCAAGUUAGCAACGACUCUAAUGAAAAAAGUCUCACCUCUCAAACUGUGUCAUGUUCCACUCAUCACAUUGAGGUCAAAGAAGAGGAGGAAGAGGUGUCGGUCCAAAAGAAAAAAGAAGUUGGGCGGGGAGUUGUAAUAAGGAAAGCUACUAGAGGCAAAAGAAGAGGAACGGGGUGUUUAAAAAGGGGGUUGAUAUCAAAGAAGAGUUUGCUUGGAGAUGCCCUCAGAGGAGCAGAAUCUGAGAAUGAACAGGAUGAAUGUCGGGUAGUUUAUGAAAAACAUCCCUCACCAGAUUCAGAAAUGGUUAACCAUACGGUCAGUACAAAGACUCAGACCAGUCCUGAAUUUAAGGCCAUCAAAGCAUCUCCGGUUGCGUCUGUGCCUUCCAUCGCUCCUACAUCAGACGAAUCCCCAGAGGAACCAGUCGUGUUCGAGCUGGAGUCACUCACCACUAGCGUUGAGGAAGUGAUGAACGAAGGAGGGCUGCAGGGAGAAGGGGAACAAGACAGGGAAGCAGACCAGUCUCCUGGCAUCAUCCUGGAGAGGUUCCUGACCUCAAGACAGAGGACAACUGCUGAUAAGGAGACUUCCUUGAUGCAAAUGAGUCCGAAUGAACGACGGGGUUUAGACAGCAUUGCUGAUAAUGAGGUACAAGUUCUUCGGAGUCAAGAGAUCAAGAGUGAAGAUCACAGUUCGGACCCCCUUGUGGUUGCAGCUACCGGUCAAAGUAGGCAAAGCACCAGUGUGCAGCUGCAGCAUCAUCGAGAUGUCAGAACUGUUCUGGUGAAAGAGGAAAGCCGUGUGCUGAACGAUGUGCAGGUCACACAAGGGAGCAAACAGAUGAGAUGGAACGUGGAGCCAGUCGGCGACGAGCAAACAGACGUGCCGCUAAUUGAGAGUGGGCAGACAACAGGAGACUGCCGCAUCACCCCAGAGCUCAACAGCAGCCAGUGUAUCUUUUACCCAGUUAAGGAUGAGGAGAGGGAGGUCCUGCUGGGAGCUGCGGCCAGCGGAGAAAGAUCAACUCCAGGGGAGACUGAAGAUGAAAGUCAGCCAGGACAUCAGAGGGCAGAUUGCGACUCACAUGAGGCAAGAUCUUCUACACCAGAGUAUCAGGAGACAAUAAUGAGAGGUUUGCUGCCGGAGUCGGGGGUUGAUGACUUUGCAAACAGUCAAGCUGUGUCAGACUCUGAGUGGCAAAAUCCAUCAGACCUCCGGGACUUUCUUCUCCAAAGUUCUGAUGAGGAAGACAUGAGUGGGUUUGAUUUGUCAGACCCUCAGCUCGCCACAGAAGCAGAAGUGAUGGCCUAUUUCAACAAGAGCCAGACUAGCAGUGCAGAAAAGGCAGAUCAAACAUCAUCAAAUUUGCCAACUUCAUCAAACCAGCUCCAAGCAUCGACAGAUGACACCAUAACUAAACAACCCAUCAAUUACUUCUCCAAAUAUUUCAAUCGGGAUACCUGGGUAGAAAUUGCCACUUGCACAAAUAAAUUAACGAACAUGCCAAAUCCGAUCAAUGCCCAAGAGGUUGCAUGCUUUGUUGGAAUCCACAUUGGAAUGGGAACUUUGAAGUUUCCCAGUCCCAGGCUUUACUGGGAGGACUUGACUAAAGUGCCCUUGAUUUCUGAAGCCAUGCCACUGACCCGUUUCCUUGAGCUGUCCCGUAUGUUGAAGCUAACUUCUCCUUCAAAGGAUCCGGCCGGUAGUAACGUAAACAGCCACAACCACGGCGAAAGUUCCUCACACUGUAAUAGUGUCAUUUCUCAGCCUAAUGAUGAGCAGUGCCGACCAGACAAAACGCACGACUUGAACAGUUCACAGAAACAAUCGGAUCCUCUGUGGAAGGUUCAGCCAUUAUUGUAUCAUUUCAAUGCGGGGUGUCAGUCGCUGAGACGCCAGGGUGAUUACGCUGUUGACCAAUACUCACUUCCUCUGACCGCAAAGACUCACAUUAACAGGCCGUCUCUGCUCUGCACUGCAUUAAUUGGAUUUGGUGGUUUAGUCUUAAAUGUAGAUCUAAAACUGGAUCUCUCGGAUAAAGAAGAUGCUGUAGAAAAGAUGGUCCCCAAAGGCAGUAUGGUGUUCCUGUGCAAACAGGAGCUCUCCACCCCUGCGAUGCUGGAACGUCUUCUAGCUGCGGGAGUUAAUGGGGCGGGCAGAGUAGGAGGAGCACGAGGACAGAUAGGAGAUGAGUUUGUGAGCUCCGAUGGGAAGUUGAUGUUGCGCAGAUCGCACUGUGGCUUCAUACUUUCUACUGCAGGAAAUAGUCAGAGGAGCUUGCCUUCUCUCAUCGACAGCUUUGAGAAGGCCCAGAUGUCGGCUCGUCUCAACAGAGAUUUGCAAAACUUGUACCCGAUCCCCCUGGCAGCCUCUGCGCCCAGCUGCUGGCCACAAGCAGUGCUCUGGUACCUGACAGAUUUGGCUUUAGUGAACUCCUGGCUCCUGUACCGACAAGAUCACAGAGCAGCAUUGGCACCUUUGACUCUCAUGGCCUUCAGGCUUGAAGUCUGCAAGGCCUUGAUUCUUUCCAGUGGCACGGAGACACAAGACUCAGUUCCCUCUCAGCCCGCGGCAGAGAAGGCCAGAGCAACAAAUGAAAGUCCCAGCACUCCCAUGGCGGUGGAGGAGAGUCCCCUGCCAGAUGCAGCCACGCGCUACGACGGGUCAGGCCACUGGCCGGAGCAGCUUGGGGAAGGGGAAGGGGGCAGGUGUCGUUUUGGGAAUUGUCAGAGAACAUCAAGGGUGCUAUGCCUUAAGUGUUGUGUCUUUCUUUGUAUCUCACGGAAUCACAACUGCUUUUUGAAUUUUCAUAGUCAAGACAGUUUGAGAAAAGAGCACUGACAAAUAUGUUCUUUGUACUUUUUUUUACGUACGCUCACGGAUACCUUAUUAGUUACACCUCGUUGGACCCCUUCAGAACUGCCUGAAUCCUGUGAUUGGCUGACUAGAAAUUUGCUUUAACAAGCAACUGGACAGGUGUACCUAAUAAAUUGGCUUGUGAGUGUAUAUUGCGUUCUCAUUUAGAAUGUAAAACUGUGUUCCUGGUGGAUGUAAAUACCGGCCCCCCCUUUUUUGUUUUUUUUUUACAUUUUCAUCUCCAGUCACGUUUCCAUUACACCUUUUUGCAAAAAUGUUUUUUUGUUUUUUCUCUGUAUGAGCGUAACUCUCCGUAUCAACUACCGGUACAUCGUAUUAAUGAGGCCAAAACAGCUGGAAACCAGAUUUUGAUUACUUUAGCUUGACCGGCAUAUCCAGCACUGCCAGAGAUGUGGAAAUGGCAAAAAGCGUUUCCGUUAUACUUUUGUGAUUAAUUGGAUUAUAGAAACACCUGAAAAACCACCUUGUGAAGCGUAAAAAUAUCUUUGCGAUAUUUGGCAGUUUUUUGUUGUUUUUUUUAAUUGGAAAGGUUUGCAUUACAAGUUUUCUUUUGCAAUAUCUGGGUUUUACGCAAAUCUAGGGGCAAUGGAAACAUGACUUAUGAAUCCAACACCAGUGUUCUGUUAUGUGAUUAAUUUCUAAAAAUUAAUUUGUCUCCAAGGAAAAUGCAGACAUUUUUAGAAAAGCUUGGUGCAGCGUUUGUUGUCAAUGUUUUUUUUAACUGGUGAUUCAGCUUACAUUUCAUGUUGAGCUUAUUUUUGGUUCUAUGAAUUUUAUUUAUUGUUAUUCCACAAAAUGAUUAAAGAGUUGAAAAAAAAUCAUCAGUGGAUUGUCAGUUUUAC